AUGAGUAUUACUUUGGAAAAUCUUUUCCAUAAACAAUUGGAAACUGUGUCACGUAUUGAGCUUUUCUUAAAUAUAUACAAAUGUAAAGAGUUUGUGUUAAGCGACCUUAAAGAGAUGCAAACUGACGUUCAUGAAGCUGCCGAGAAGUUGCAGCGUACCAAGGAAUAUUUGGAAACCGAUCGGAAAUACAUGUCCUCUCAGUUUAUAGAAAUAAUGCGUAAAAUGCGCCGCAAUGAGAUGCUAAUGCUCCAUUUGUUAGAAGUUGGUCCACAUGCGCAGCAACCUUCCACCACAAAUCCCGCACAACAAUCAUCCAUGGUCAAACAAAUACCGUUGAAAGAGAUACAAAAUCCUUCCGAGAGUACCUCCAAGAUGCAUCUGUCCGAUUACUCAAAAUCUCCCUUUACAUUGCGUUCAAAGGUUAAGUGUAUGAACUUUUUUGAUUUUGACGCUAUUAUCACAGAAGAACAAUUCGAAACAAUUCCCAAAUAUCUGAAAGGUCGUAUGCAGUUGGUAGAAUUGAAUCAGUUUCUUGAAAAAGAGGUUAUAAAAUGCUUCGAAGAAAAAUAUACUCUAAUGUAUAAACAACGUAAGGUCAUUUCAAACCAGCAUGAUCUAGCUGUUUGGAAAGAGUACAACCAUUUGCAGGCGAAUUUUCCUGAACACAAUUUUAUUACACAAGAGGACUUGUCUCGGAAAAUGGGUAAAAUGUUAGACAAAAAGAGUUACACAAAAAUACAUAUGCUUCGUCAUUUACACAUCCUUCAGGAAGUGCGUAUCGAAGGAACCGUGUAUUUCCUUUGGAUUUACAACAAAUAG